AUGAAUUUCACCGGUAAUGCUUCUUCUGCCAUUCCCCAGCCUCACUUGGCAGCUUCAUUGGCACCAACUUCUACCGGAAACCAUUCUAGCCAUGUUUCAACAAGUUGGCACGCUACUCCUAGCCUAGGAUCUAUAAGUCGUUGGGCAGAGCGACUUUCCUCAGUAGCUAGGCGUACCACCACCACGGUCGUUGUCACUACUGCUGCCCCAGCAUCCUCCAUCUCUGCCUCAAUUCCUCCUAGCCUUACAACUUCUCCUUCAUCUGCUGAUAAUGUUGUUCAUACAGUUGAAAGUGAGAUCACGAGGUUGCCUGCGACCUCUGAUUCCCGAAAGGCCCUUGGCUCUGUCGAUAUUUCCUUGCGUGGAUGCACUUCGCCUCAUCUUGGUCAGCAGCGGAAAGCGACCAAACUUGGUCCUUUUCAUCAGGCAGAUGCCAACCAAGAGGAUUCGUCGGGGGAGAUCCUUUCUUCCUCAAAAAUUACUGAUACUGCUAACGUAGCCCAGUGUCUGGAUAUAGACGGUGAUAAUUUUUAA